UUCCCUGCCCUCGUGGUUCAUACUCAGGGGGUUCCUGCUUCUGCCUGGCUCCGGCGGCAGCUCUAGCGGAGGAGGCGCGGUGCUGAGGCCGGCAUGCCCGUGAUCAGCCCGGGCUCCGACGAGGCGGCUGCGCAGGCCCUGGCGCCGCCAAAGCUGUGCGCGGGCUGCGGCGCGCCCAUCGCCGACCGCUUCUACCUGCUGGCCGUUGAGCGACAGUGGCACACCCGCUGCCUGCGCUGCUGCCACUGCAAGCAACAGCUAGACUCCGAGCUCACUUGCUUCGCCAGAGACGGGAACAUCUACUGCAAGGACGACUACUACAGGCUGUUCGCCGUGAAGCGCUGCGCGCGCUGCCAACAAGGAAUCUUCGCCUCGGAGCUGGUCAUGCGCGCCCGAGACCUGGUGUACCACCUGCACUGCUUCACGUGUGCGUGGUGCAACGCGGCGCUGGCCCAGGGUGAUCACUUUGGGCUGCGCGACAACCUCGUCUACUGCCGCACCCACUUCGAGCUGCUGGCCGAAGGGUGCCAGCCGGGGCUUCCGCCGCCUCCACCCCCACCGCUGCUGCCGGACGACGACGGAGGCGGCAACGGGGGCCCAGCCUGCAGCCCGCCGCUGGCGCCGGGCGCGGCGUACGCGCCUCCGCAGGGACCGUACGGAGUGCGCAAGGGCCGGCCGCGCAAGCGCAAGCCGGGAGAGCUGCCCGAGGGCCCACCGCACCUAGGGCUCCAAGACCUUGCCGGCCUGGACAGCAAUGGCUCAACCAUGCUGCAGCAGCAACAGCAGCAGCAGCAACGUACCAAGCGAAUGCGCACUUCCUUCAAGCAUCACCAGCUGAGGACGAUGAAGUCUUACUUCGCCAUCAAUCAGAAUCCCGAUGCCAAGGACCUCAAGCAGCUUGCCCAGAAGACGGGGCUCUCCAAGAGAGUUCUCCAGGUGUGGUUCCAGAACGCCCGGGCAAAGUGGCGGCGAAACAAUGUACGUCAGCAGGAGCAGCCCACAACUUCCCUACCGGCAAGCAGUCCAGGAGGCACGAGCUCAUUUUCGGAACCAAGUCCCGGAGCACCCCUGGACUACAGCAACGCUCAAACGACCCUCGUGGUGACAGCGUCGCAGGAGUCACUCGGAUCGUUCCAGGAGCUCUUUUGAUGGCACCGGGGCUAAACUAUUUAUUCACUGCAUCCUCCCCUCAUCACUACAUCAUCACCUCGACCCACGUGCCAGCAGAAGUGAAGAAAUGCGCCCCUCUCUCAGCACCUCUGCAAAGUACUGUUCCAAAGGUCACACCGACGGACCUUGCGGCGUUCGAAGCCACACUUGGCAACCUCCUGCGGGACGCUCCCUUUUACGUGUGUGUGUGUGCUCUUGGCCAAAUGCAUUUGCUGCAGUCUGCGCCAUGGGAACUCAUUCCUUGGACUGUGGCGGUUCUUCUCAAAGGAUAGCAAAGCGUAUAUGCGCAGAAAACUGUGUGAGUGAAACAUUGCAAGUGGAUGGGAGAAAAAAAAUAUGAGAGAUAUAUAUUUAGAAGUUCCAUCAAACGUAGUGUCUGCGCUUCGGGAAGUCAGCUGGCUUUCCUUUGCCGCGAUUUCACUGUGCAUUGUACAAGUGUUCCUCUGGUUUCGUGUUUUUAUUGUUUCAUUGGAAAAAAGUUGUACAUAUUUAUUGCUCUGAUACACCACUUAUAUAUCUGAAAGGGUCAAUUUAUUAAAAUGAACUCCCCUAUCUCGUUUUCUUCAUGGUCUCCUGCUAGCAGUUUCAGUGUACGGUGUUAUGUAUGCAUCGUUAGAAGAGUCCUACGCAGUGCGAUAUAGCGAGGCAUUGCCCUGAUGGCCAGCGCUGAUCAGUGACGUUAACUUAUUUUUGCGACGCAACAACCCGAGUAAAUUUCUUAUAUAUAGUCCGCUCUCGGAAGUACCUCUAAUGGCUGUAAGCCUAUACGCAAGUUUCAAAAACUUGGCAGAAAACAAUGUUUGUGUAAAAUAAUGCAGUAAUGACAGCUCUUGUAAGACUCGUGCAUCGUGCCUUGUUGGCUCUAGUAGACAAAUGCGCUUCUGGCAUGUGCUCUCUUGGGCUGCGUAAUGUGAGCCUUCAUUCUAAAUUGAUUCACUCCAGUGUAACUUGGUGGCACAUUAAACGACUGAAUGUCCUUAGAUAGGUAAUUUUCGCAGCAAUACGGAUUGUAGUAAACUCAAUGAGGGACUUCGGCACUUAAUUUAAAACUAUAUUUCAUUACUCAGUGCAGCACCUUGGCUUCUAAGCACUGUACAUUGAACUUUAGAGCCAAACGCAGUCAAAGGGAGCAAAAAUUUCGCGUUCCUAAAUAAAGGAACAGAAAGAAUGCCAACUCCUAGAAACCACGGUAUGUGUCAGUAAGUUUUCUAAGGACACUUUGAUUUUCUGAUAAUGAGCUCCCGGAAUUUGUGAGGAUUAUGCUCGCAUACCUUGGUUGAAACAAUGUGCGUGUCAUUCUCUUAAAUGCAUUACACAGUCAUUGAACCAGCCGCAUGCAAGUGAACUACGGCCGUACUAACGCCUCAGCAGGCUACUGGGCAGAAUGCAAGCAGUAUACCCUCGAAAAAACACCAUACCGACAGCACCAGCCAAUAUCCAGUAUCACAUGUCCAUAACUUCAUGGGUUUGUAGAAUUCACAGCAAUAUAAUGGAAUUAGAGCUGUUCUCUUCACCCCUAUUCUGGCGUAUCUGGCUCGAUUGUAGAAACAAACAAAAAAUGUUGACUUGUUAUGUUAUACUGUUUGGUUCAGGAAGAGUGAAGCCCAAGAAAAAAUUAUAACAGCUUUUUGACCGUACGUACGAGGACCUGCCGAUGCCUACGCUAAUAUAUAUUUUAUUUAUUUUUUUUGUUCUUGAAACUGACUUUUUCAAUAUCAUCAUUGGCAAUCUACAACUCAUCUAGUGAAUUCAACAGAGAAUUUUAUAUUUCCUAAAUGCCAGUGCGACAUUCACACUCCUAGACCAAAGAGGUGGGCUGUACUUACUUUUUUUCAUUUUCGGUUGUUGUUCUUUUUGUUGUAAAUAAUCCCACUGUCCUUGUCAAUUUGUAUAUCUGGUGAAACACACGUGUAGCGUUCGUCUCGGAUAUACCGUCCUUGUAUCGAGCGUUUCUCAACGAAUUCUGUGAGAUGGAUUUUCAGAUGAAAGACAGUAUUGGUAAAACACUGUUGUGAGCGUUCACUUUUUCAUCACUGGGGAUCGUAAGGAACGUUUUCUUCGAAAAUUUAACAACCCCAAAUUGUUCCGACCGAUCUACAGGAUGAAACUGUUCCUGAGCGUCGAUGUGAGACAAUAAAAUAGCUAUAAGAUGGUCUUGUGUAUGCAUGAGCACCAGAGUGAGCCCAAGAACAGUUGUCUAGCUCUAAUUUAGCCCGGCGCAGGCAGUGCGCAAUUGGGAUGAUCAGGGUCGCCCACGUAAACAUAUGCUUGACAGGAAAAAUUGGCCUGGCGUAGUUUUCUGUUUACUUAAGCGUCGUAGGGCCUAACAAAAUUACAUUAAAUUGCUCAGGCUUUAUUUUCACAGCUCCCUGGCCAGAAAUAGGCACCACUACACCCGAUGAAAAAGAUUGACUAUUUCACCAUGUUGUGCAUCUAUACUGACCUAUGACAUCGCUCAAAAGUAUUGGAAAAGUUUGGUACGUUCGUUGAUGAAUUGAUAUUUUUACAAACCAAAUUGACCAUUUGGUAGAAUGCCCUCUUCAUCGACGUGUAUGUAUGUCGUUGCUAACUACUGGUCACCAGCAGGAUUGUUUAAUGCAAGUAAUUACGCCCAUGCUGCUGCUCUAUACCUCGCCUAAAGGUACGUUUCACAGACGCUCAAUACAGAUUUAGCCUAUUAGCUCCGAACCAGUGACACUCACCUAGUGCGUGACCUCAGACGAAGGAAAUGAAAUUAUGCAGGACGGCCUCUGAUGGCUGAUAUGCGAGUCAAUCGAUAAACCGGGAGGGUUAACAAAGUUACCUUGAUUGUCGUCUUGUGCGGUGAACAAGCCUGCUGACGAGGGAUUGCGUCCACGUGGAUUAUACCUCACUGGUCAGAUGUUAUCUUUCCUUCUAUCUUCUUUGCUCUCUAUUCCUAUCACUGUCCGACGUCGUAUGUGGUGUGACCGUGCUCGCGUGCCUGUUUGUGAGUAUACGUGAUAAGGAACCCGGCGGAGUCAUGUCAAAGCAAGGAAGCGGCUCCGCUUGUACAGUGUGCGCGUUCCCGAAAGAAAAUCGUUGUGUGUUCGCGAUCUCUUACUGAAACUGUUGCAAAGGUUGCUUUCUAGUGACACAUUCGCUACCAUUGUCAGUGUACAUAUUGUCAUCAUUCAACCGUCGCCUGUCACCGAUAGUGUCGAAGUGACGGAAAAAUAAACGCCAGGCUGGCUCAAUGAACUCACCACA